GACAGUUGUCUCAGGUAGUUGAAGAUAACGAACCUCGAGUCGAUUUUUCACUUUAUCGAAAAGAAAAGCACGCAACUGUACACGAAAUCAAUUGCUAAAGUGGGCUGAAUCAUUUCGUUUAGUGUUUACAAGUGAAUUAACCGAAGACAUCAAAGUACUUUUAUAAAUGUUGCAUUUUUCAAAUUUUAUUUGCAAUCAAAUAAUGAACAUUAAGAGAAAAAGAAUUGAAGAAAACUGGUCGUUGCUCUAUAUGACAAUUAUGGAAUCAGUCAGCCAUCAAUCAUUACAAUAUCUAUCGGAUAUGCUUUUAACGUUUCAAACUCAGCUAAUGCAAAAACAAAAUAAUCAACAAUCUUCGUUAUAUAAUGUACUCAUUAAAAUUAUAGUAGUUACUAGCAAUUGCCGAAGUGCACUUAUUAUUGGAAAUAACAUUGCUUUUAAGGAUAAAAACAUCAUAUACUAAUUGAAAUGAGUGACAGGAAAAUGCACUUAUUUCUUAUUUCUUAUUUACUUAUAUAUUACAAUAUGCAAAACUUGCAAUCUUCUACAUUUUCAGUUUAUUAUUAACAGAACAAUGCAAUUAGUUUCUUUUGAAUUGUUGGUUGAAAAGGGUAUUAAGGAAAUAAUGAAAAAUUUUAAUUACACAUUGGAUUAUUUUAUCUUUCAUUUAUGUCCAUUGUUUUUUAUGUCGUAUGUAUAUUAUUAGAUAUGCAAAAUAUCAAAGAUAAAUGUAACACGGUUGUAAACAGUAAAUAUAAAUAUCCCUCUACCUGUGAAAAAGAAACAAAUAACACAGUUGCCAUUGGUCUUUGGAACGAAAAGGUGGUAAAACGUAAGUCUAGUGACUUUUGUGGAAUCAUCUUACAUUUUUCAGUGUGUACACGCGGUAUUCCCGGAAAGAUGGAAAUAAAUAUGAAGAUAUACUCUCGGAUCGGAGUCUUACUCCUCAGCAGCGUCAUGGGGCUGCUGAUAUUGAACAACAACAAUGUCGGAGCGGCAUUGGACCUCUACGUAAUAGACACGAGUGGCAAUCUAGUAAAAUUGGAUCUAACCAACACAAGUGAGGAAGCGAAUUUAACUAUGAAUGAACUUCCGAACUACGUUUCCUUUACUCUGUAUACAAGGGCUACAAAUUAUACUCCCGAAGAAUUGAUCAUCGGUGAUGUCGACAAUUUGACCAACAGUCAUUUCGACGCUGAUAAACCAACGAAACUUGUCACCCAUGGAUGGAUGAGCUCUUGUGACAAUGAUGUCUGCAUAAACAUUCGCAAUGCUUUCCUUGAACAUGGUGAUUACAAUGUCAUCCAAGUCGACUGGAGGGAGAUAUCGGGAAAGAAUUACAUAUGGGCAAGUAAUCAAGUGGUGAACGUUGCCAAACUUGUUUCUUUCAUGCUCGACUUCCUUGUAUCACAAGGCCAAGAUCCAGCUAAUAUAACCGUGGUUGGUCAUUCGCUUGGUGCUCAUAUUGCUGGACUUUCAUCCUACUAUGCGAAACAAAAAGUGGGCUACGUUGUUGGUAUGGACCCAGCCGGACCUCUGUUUUAUCUAAAGGAUAAAGGCCACAGAAUUUCCAAAGGUGAUGCCGAUUACGUGGAAGCGAUUCACACAACCACGCUUCUUGGUUUGAUUUACCAAGUCGGCGAUUCUGAUUUCUAUCCCAACGGUGCCCUACCCCAAGGUGGUUGCGGACUUGACCUGGGCGAAUCGUGUUCUCAUGGAAGAUCUUACGAAUACUUCGCCGAAUCGAUAAACGAUGACAGUUUUAUAGCUCUACAAUGUGACAACUACAUUGAGUUCGCAUUCAACUUAUGUGAUUCGAAUUCUACAGCACGUAUGGGCGGUGUCACGCCGGAUUAUAGUGCUGAGGGAAAGUAUUAUUUGUCUACGAACACGGAAGAACCAUACGCGGAGGGUGUUUUGGUAUUAAGCAGUAAUAUCGAGGCGGCGCCGACUCAAAACACCGAUCUCUAUGUAUUGGAUGACGAUGAUAACCCAGUCAAAAUAGAUUUGAACGCAGUUGAUUCAGAACCAAAUGUAAAAGUGAAAGACCUACCGAACCGAGUUCUCUUUUAUCUAUACACGAAGAACACGCAGAAUAAUCCAAAAAGACUAAUUGUUGGAGAUAGCAGAAGUUUGGCAAAUAGCCAGUUCAAUCCUAGAAGACCAACGAAAAUUAUCACUCAUGGAUGGACGAACUCUAUGAGGAGCAAAGCUUGUACGAAGGUUCGCGAUGCUUUCCUUCGCAACGGUGAUUACAAUGUCAUUGUAGUCGACUGGAGUAGCAUAUCAAGAAGACCAUACGUAUGGACGAGCAAUCAGGUCCCAACGAUUGCCCAAUUCAUCGGUAGUAUGAUUGAUUAUCUCCAGACACAGGGAAUGAAUCCAUCUCAGCUGACAAUUGUUGGUCAUUCUCUUGGAGGUCAUAUUGCUGGUCUUUCGUCUUAUUAUGCGAGGAAUAAAGCUCAAUACGUUGUUGCUUUGGAUCCAGCCGGACCUAAUUUCCAUUUGAACGAUCGAGGCUCGAGGGUUUCUAAAGGCGAUGCAGCGUACGUGCAAAUAAUCCACACAAGCAAACUUCUCGGAUUAACCAAGGAUCUCGGCGAUUCUGACUUUUAUCCGAAUGGUGGGGAUGCACAAAAUAGUUGCAAAGUGGAUUUGGGUGGCUCGUGUUCUCAUUCAAGGUCUUACGAGUACUUCGCUGAGUCAAUUAAUAAUAAUGGUUUUCUGGCACGAAAUUGCGGCGGAUUCAAGGAUUUUCUAAUCGGCAAGUGCAAUUCGAAUCCUAUUGGACACAUGGGUGGUCUUCUCCCGGACUUUAAUGUUAGGGCAACAAUGCAACCUCGUCGCUUUAUAAAGGAGUCUCCACUCGACGCUACUAGCAAAAUUGUAGCAAACAUGAAGAUGCACGCUUCAAUUAGUUUCCUGCUCUUCAGCAGUUUCAUAGGUGUUUUAGUGUCAGGUGCUGUUAACAACCAACAACCGUACGUACUAAACGAUAAUGGUAAACCAGUUCAAAUAAAUGUGGCCCAAACUCAAGCUAGCAAUCCAACAUCGAUAAGCGCUGGCGAGCUACCGAGUCGAGUUUUCUUUUAUCUAUACACAAGAGCUACACCGUCUAACCCUGAAAGACUAAAUGUUGGCGAUGUAGGCAGUGUGAGCCGCAGCCAUUUUGACCCGAGAAAACCAACAAAAAUUGUUACCCAUGGAUGGCAAAACUCUUAUCAGAGCAAAGCUUGCACCUCGAUUCGUGAUGCAUUUCUUCGAAAUGGCGAUUACAAUGUCAUCGUAGUCGACUGGGGUAGCAUAACGAAAUACGAAUACGUAUGGACAAGUAAUCAGGUUGUAAAGGUUGCCCGAUUUGUUGCUAGCAUGAUUGAUUUUCUAGCAUCGCGAGGAAUGGAUUUGUCUAAGACGACCGUAGUUGGUCAUUCACUUGGCGCUCAUGUGGCUGGACUUUCAUCUUAUUAUGCAAAGAGGAAAGUGGGUUACGUUGUUGCCUUGGACCCAGCUGGACCCAACUUCCAUGGAGUUGGAAACGACCAGAGAGUCUCCCAGGGCGCUGCAGCUUAUGUGCAAGUGAUCCAUACAAGUAAACUCGUAGGCACCAACAACCAUCUUGGUGAUGCUGAUUUUUACGUCAAUGGAGGCUCAUCACAAAAUGGUUGCGGAGCAGAUUUAGGCGAAUCCUGCUCUCAUUCACGUUCCCACGAAUAUUAUGCCGAAUCCAUAAACAGCAACAAUUUCGUGGCACGUUCGUGCAGCAGUUUCGACGAUUACAAAAGUGGCAAAUGCAAUUCGAGCCCAAGUGCUAUUAUGGGUGGUGCUAAUCCUAACUUCAACGUUAAGGGACAGUAUUUCUUGACCACUAACCCCAAAUCACCGUACGGCAAAAAGUGAUUGAAUUGAUUGGUUAUUGGAUGUGGAAAUAAAUUUUUGCCAAUAAUGUUUAAUAUUAAAAAUAUAUUAAAUGAAGUAUAAGCGAUUGUAGCUUAAAGUAUUAGCAAUAAAGCAUGUAUAAAAAA